AUGCCACCCAAACAAUUCCCCUACCGACGGAGCUCCAAUGCCUCGGAAGAUGACUUCUUCGACAUCCCCGACGAGCCAUGUCUCUCCAUAGUCAAGCGCCAACUACGACAUAUCCGAACAUGGGUCACGGUCGCCCUCAUCGUGCUCUUUAUACUGUGGCAACGCCGUGAACGUCCUCCACCGCCGCCCCUACCACAUAUCCACUACGACGAGGUAGACUGGUCGCGCUUUGCCUACACCCAGUAUGCAACCAACGAGGCAUACAUGUGUAAUUGCCUGAUGGUAUUCGAGGCGUUGCAUAGACUUGGCAGUAAGGCGGACCGCGUGCUGUUUUACCCCGAAGAGUGGGACCUUGUUGUCGAGGAUGAUUAUGAUCGCGUUAGCCAGUUAUUACUUGAGGCUAAACACAAGUACAAGGUGCUGCUGAUCCCCAUCAAGAUCGAGGGAAUCCAGGAUGAAUCGCGCUCUGAUUCCCAGGCUUCGUGGGAUACUAGCACCGCUAAGCUCAUGGCCUUUGGCGAGCACGAAUACGACCGCGUUAUCCACCUCGACUCGGACGUAAUCCUCUUCCAGACAAUGGACGAGCUCUUCUUCCUCCCACCUACCACUGCUGCCAUGCCACGGGCCUACUGGCUUCUCCCGGACAAAGUUCUUUCGUCACUGUUGGUGGUCAUUGAACCCUCUCUCCACGAAUACCUCGCCUUGACCGAGGCGACCACGCUCGCUCAAAACGGUCAAGUUAAUGUGAACCUGACAGAACACCGCUACGACAUGGAGUUAUUGAACAGGCGGUACGGGGACUCGGCGAUGGUCCUCCCGCAUCGGCAAUAUGGUCUAUUGACCGGCGAGUUCCGAAAUAAGGACCAUCGCAAUUUCCUGGGGAAUGAUGAUGAGGUUUGGGAUCCUGAUCAUGUCCUGGCGCAGGCUAAAUUCGUGCACUUUUCGGAUUGGCCACUACCGAAGCCGUGGAUUAUGUGGCCGCAGGAAAUGUUGGCGGCCGAGCAGCCUAAGUGUGAUAAUAAUCCUGGCACGCCGCAGGAGAGUGGAUGUCGGGACCGGGAGGUUUGGAAAAUGAUCUAUGAUAAAUAUCGGCGACAACGAAAGGAUGUCUGUAAGUUGCUCAGUUACCCAGCGCCGGUUUGA